CAAUGGGCAGCCGCAGCUCCUCAUAUAAAUAAGGCAUAAAAAUGUUCUUGAGGGAGACAGUGCUCACUUGCGCAUGCACCGCGGGAUGGGAUGUUAUUGGCGCGCUUUGCAAUAGUCUCCAGACAUCUGCACCUCUGAGCCUUUUCAGCGUCCACUUGUGUGGAUUCCGCUACCUGUGGGCGCUCCUGCGUUCCGUUAAAAUAGCCUUCUUGGAGAUCAGGUAAAGGAAGAGCGUGAUGGCCACGUCAGAGCCGCGAGCCACCAGCGGGGAACAGGACCCCAACACCGCCAAUUUAAGACCCUCAUCCACAACCAACGAAUAUGCGUGGAUGCAUGGCUGUACAAGGAAACUGGGCAUGAGGAUUUGUGGGUUCCUGCAGAAGAACAACAGCCUGGAGGAGAAAGGUAGACUGGGUCAGAAGAACCUACUCUCCUGUGACAACAGUGACAGGGACGCCCGGUUCCGACGCACCGAGACCGACUUCUCAAACUUGUUUGCCCGAGACUUGUUGCCCGCAAAGAAUGGCGAGGAACCUACCAUGCAGUUUUUACUGGAGUUGGUUGACAUCUUAACCAACUAUGUGAAGAAGACGUUUGACCGUUCCACCAAGGUGCUGGACUUCCACCACCCGCACCAGCUCCUGGAGGGCAUGGAGGGCUUUAACCUGGAGUUGUCCGACCAGCCCGAGUCUCUGGAACAGAUCCUGGUGGACUGCAGGGACACGCUCAAAUAUGGCGUUCGGACAGGUCACCCUCGCUUUUUCAACCAGUUGUCCUCAGGUUUAGACAUUAUUGGCCUGGCAGGAGAGUGGCUCACCUCCACCGCCAACACCAACAUGUUCACCUACGAGAUCGCUCCAGUGUUUGUUUUAAUGGAGCAGCUGACCUUGAAGAAGAUGAGAGAGAUGAUUGGCUGGCCUGAUGGCGAGGGAGAUGGCCUCUUCUCGCCAGGCGGCGCUAUUUCCAACAUGUACAGUGUGAUGAUCGCUCGUUACAAGUAUUUCCCCGAGGUCAAGACAAAGGGCAUGUCUGCUGCUCCUCGCCUGGUUCUGUUCACGUCCGAACAUAGUCACUACUCCAUAAAGAAGGCUGGUGCCGCUCUGGGUUUUGGCACUGAGAAUGUGAUUCUGCUGAGCACAGAUGAGAGGGGGAGGGUCAUUCCUGCUGAUCUGGAGGCUAAGGUCAUUGACGCUAAACAGAAGGGUUACGUGCCGUUAUUUGUCAACGCCACAGGUGGCUCCACCGUCUAUGGCGCCUUUGACCCCAUCAAUGAGAUUGCUGACAUUUGCGAGAAGUACAACCUGUGGCUGCACGUUGACGGCGCGUGGGGUGGUGGUCUGCUCAUGUCAAGGAAACACCGCCAUAAGCUCAAUGGAAUUGAGAGAGCCAACUCUGUCACAUGGAACCCUCACAAGAUGAUGGGCGUGCCGCUGCAGUGUUCAGCCAUCCUCGUUCGGGAAAAGGGACUGAUGGGGGGCUGUAACUCCAUGUGUGCUGGCUAUUUGUUCCAACAAGACAAGCAAUACGACAUCACGUAUGACACCGGAGACAAAGCCAUCCAAUGUGGCCGCCACGUGGAUAUAUUUAAAUUCUGGCUCAUGUGGAAAGCCAAGGGCACCACUGGGUUCGAGCAGCACAUUGACAGGUGCUUGGAUCUGUCUCAGUACCUGUAUAACAAGAUUAAGAACAGGGAGGGAUAUGAGAUGGUGUUUGAUGGAGAACCUCAGCACACCAACGUUUGCUUCUGGUACAUUCCGCUCAGCUUGAGGGGGAUGCCGGACAGUGAGGAGAGGCGGGAAAAGCUGCAUAGGGUUGCACCAAAAAUCAAGGCCAUGAUGAUGGAGUCAGGGACCACCAUGGUGGGAUACCAGCCUCAGGGCAAUAAAGUCAACUUCUUCCGUAUGGUGGUCUCCAACCAUGCGGCCACCCAAUCUGAUAUCGACUUCCUCAUCGAUGAGAUAGAGAGGCUGGGUCAUGACCUGUAGACCUCCGUUCACAGCGCUCCUGCGUUGUUCUACGGCACAUCAUCCC